UCACACCCAGCGCAGUUUACCCCUCGGCUAUGUGAGCGUGCCUGUCCCAGCUGUAAAACCGGGGUUUCGGCUAUCCUUGUUGCUUCAUUUUUCACGUACUAUUAACACGUUAAGCGCCCAGCCUGUUUUGUCUUCUGGACGGAAAGUAUAGUGUCAGUCACCGGUGACUGACUGUAAUUAUGUAAUUACAAUGACAACGGCCACAAACAGGCUUGCCUCCAAGGAAGUUUCCAGAAGUCUCAGCUCAAGGCUGUCCGCUCCUCCGCAGCCAUGCUGCUCUCUCAAAACGCUUCCAACGUUUGGCAAUCGAGGCAGGAAAAAUAGGGUCUAGGCAGCGAAGCUUUAGCCGAGUAGGUCUCAGCUGCGAGAGGAAUCCUUGCUCACAUCUCUGAGAAUCCGGAGGUGGCCUCCACCGGACCCAAAGGCCCCUGGGGGUGCCAGCCCUCACCCGUUUCCCCAGGAGGCACGGAGCCCAGAGACCCUCUUCACGUCAGAGUCUACCAGCUGCAUGGGGCCUGUGGUUCUCGGAGAUGGCCCAGCGGGUGGACCCGGGGGUGGGCACGGGGCGGGUGUGGACAGCAGCGCCUGGGGCAGGGCCUGGAGAGGCCGUGCACUCAGUGCCUCUGUCCCCUUCACAGGUCCACAUGGAUCCACUGCUAACAGACCAGAGGCGCCUCUGGAAGGAAGAGUUCUGGCAGAACCCCUGGGACCAGGGGGGCCUGGCUGUCAUCAGCAUAUUCGUCAUCACCGUCCUGCUUCUCAUGCUGUUCGCCAUUGUGUUUGGGGCACUCCCUCCGUCUGAGAAGGUCGACCAGUCUGAAGAGUCAUGACCUGACUUUCGGGGGGGCCAGGGGGCCAC